GAAAGGAUGACUGCAGGAGCACAGCGCAGUAGCAGAACACAGUUAACUUCGAUACAACCGUACCUCCACCAUGCGUCUGCUACAUCUCCUAGCCAUUGUUAUGGUGGCUCUCCUGGCUGCCGUGCCGUCCCAGGCGGGCCGGCAUCAGCGUCCCUACUUGCCGAGGCCGAGGCCCAUCUACAGGCCUGGCAAGUAAAUGCUGACAUAACAUUCUCGGACGAUGGCCAGUGAUAUCCAGAAGACCAUCAAAAUAAUCCAAUGUCUGUGUCCAACACCAUUAUAAAGUCGACCACCACCAAGAAGUAGACCACCACUAAAAAGUCGACCACCACCAAGAAGUAGACCACCACUAAAAUGUCGACCACCACCAAGAAGUAGACCACCACUAAAAAGUCGACCACCACCAAGAAGUAGACCACCACUAAAAAGUCGACCACCACCAAGAAGUCGACUACCAACAUCCAGACAUUUACUACUAUAUAAAAAGAUGAAGGUCCGAGAGUUUAACUUCACGUGUAUAUCUACUGACUCCCGUUGAUGACUUCUGUUAGCUGGCCCCAGUUAACUUGCUCCCAUUUAUUGGCAUCAGUUGACUGGGUCCUGUUGACUGACUACCUAUGAUCUUCCUCCGUUGAUUGAAAUAUAGUGAUUAUCCCUGUUAUCUGAAUUCAUAAUUCGGCUUCUGCUUUAUGUUAACUUUAACUCUUAAUGAAAUGUUUGUUCCGUAAUCCCUGUGUACACACGCGCUCGCGCGCGUGUGUAAGUAUACCUGUGUGUGUGUUCCUUUCAUGUACUUUGUUGUCUUCCUUCUGUGAGUAAAGAGCAUCAAUAUAUUACAGAGUUAUUUAUAUCCCGUGUCGCCCAAAAUUCUAUGUAUAACACAGUUGUUUGUUACUGAACAAACAGAUCCAUAACCUCACUCAGUGAUCGAGGUUAUGGAACUGAACACUCACCAAGGUUAAGGGACUUUGUAUACCAUUAAUGAAAUAUUAGGCAGAUCUGAGUCACACUUGCUCAUGAACCUUUCUAACAUAUUUUUAAAGCUACCUGAAAUUCUAGCUUUAAUGAUGCCACUUAGGAGUUCAUUUCACUCAUCUAUAACUAUUAAUGUCAAACUAGUGCUUUCCUAUAUCCUUUCUAAUUAUAAAUUUGUAAAAUUUUAAGCCACAGCUGCGAGUCCUGUCUUGGUUAGAAAUUCUCAACACGUUAUAGAUAUAAUUAAUUUCAGUUUUCCAUUUGAAGUGAAGUGAACAAACUUAAACCUCGUAUUAUUUAGCGUUAAUGAAGUACAUUAAUUUAUUUCGUAGUUAUUACAACAGUGAACAUGACAAACUAUAACUGAUUUAUUAAGUAAGAUCUCCAGCUACGACUAAAAACAAGAACGACACAAACACUAAAAUAAUAAGUCUUAUCUAUAAUAUUUUCUUUGAAAAAAUUAUUUUAAGUGAGACACAUGUAUAACAGUUAGGCAUCUUUAUUCCGGAAUGUUUCGUCUACACAGUAGACUUCUUCAGUAGCGUACAGAGAAGGCAGCAGAAACAUUAGAGAUAUAAAAACGAUGUAAUCAGUCCAUCACCCUUAAAGGUGGUCAGUCGAUCAGCUGAGGGACUGACCACCUCAAAGGGUGAUCACCUCAAGGGUGAUGGACUGAUUAUAUCGUCGCUACAUCUCUAUUUCUGCUGCCUCCUCUGUACUCCGCUGAAGAAACCUAUUGUUUAGACAGAACGUUUCGGAAUAAAGAUACCUAACUGUUACACAGGUGUGUUGCUUAUCAACUUAUCGGUAUUAUAGUAAGAAGGUCAGUGACUGUUGACAGUCUGGGGUAAAGUGGCACGAAAAGUGCUUCAAGGAAUUAUUAUAUUCAUGGGAAAGUCCUAAACUCAUAAGGGUCAUACAGCGUCUGGGGAGUGGAAGGUAAUCUAGUUUGAUCAAAGGAAUUGGUGGGUAGCUCCAUUUCCUUAGAUCAAGAGCCCUUGAGCAUGAAGGCCUCACACUGAAGGGUUUUGAAGAGAUUUUCAUAAAACAUUCAUAUUAAAAAAAAUAAAACGUACUGUACUAUACACAUUUAUAUAAUAUUACAAAGGUUGUAGCAAGAAAUUUCUGAACCUAAGAAAUGCUUGUUUUAAAAUAGGUCAAGUUCCUUUUUACAUUGUAAUAUUGCGCAUCCCCCCUCCCCCUCCCUCCCCAUUAAUAAUGAAAAUGGUUCCCAAAUGAGCCACACAACGAUGACAACCAAAUACGUAUAAGUGUUUUACGAACAUACUUUUUUUUUUCAAGUCAAAUUAAGAUAUCGAUGUGAAAAAGAAAUUAUUGAGUGACCGUCUGCCGGGGAUGAUCAGCAUUAUAAUAAUGAUAGUAUCUGGUCACAAGGCGAAUCUUGGAAAUAUGUCAACAAAGCGUCCUUUAGAAUCACCCUGACAAUCCCACAUUUAAAUGUUCUCUACAGUAUUGUGGACAAAUAUAUAUCAUAUAUAGUGGAACAGAAAUGAUUACACCACCAUAAGUUUCCUGUAAAACCUUUUGGUUGAGAUAGGUGUCUCCCAGUGCUGGAAGAACAUCAUCUCAACGAAGGACAAUAUGCAUCAGAAUCUCUAAAAGUAGCAAGUCACAUGUGUAACUGUUUUAUGUAAGACCAUCUUACUCUGGUUAUACAUUCUGCUUAAAUAUUCAUCCAUAUUAUCCUAGAACACGUUACAAUCCACCAAAAGUAAAAUAUAUCUCAUUGAUUUCUGUUUAUUUGACUUCUCCGUGUUUCUAGACUUUCCAUUAUCUGAAGGCUGCUUCUGUAGCUUGAAGCAGUCUGAAAUUAUAUGACAUAGAUUAUGACAACACUUGCAUUUCAAAGGCUCAGAUAUUUUACCUUUGAAAUUAGUUACCUGUGACUGUUGUUUGUAGUCAUGUUGAUGUUCAUUACCUACAAUAUCACUCCUGAAAUCACCUGGAAAGAUUUUCCUCCGAGACUCUUGUCCCCAGAGUAUUGUCGUGAGGAGAAAAUAGAAGUAUUGACUCUGAAAUUUGUUCAGUCACUUCAAAUAAUAAUAAUAGUAGUAAUAUCUUUAUUUCUACAAGUACAUGUACAAGGUAUACAGGCCUAGCUGACAUCAAUGACAUACUACUAUAUAAAAAGCCGCUUGUUAUGCAGAGAAUUUCGGACAAAUUAGGUCACUUUUUGUCCCAGGAUACGACCCACACCAGUCGACUAACACCCAGGUACCCAUUUUAUACUGAUAGAUAAACAUGGACAGUAGGUGUCUUAAGGAAACACGUCCUAAUGUUUUCCAGCCGUACCGGGGAUUCGAUCUCCAGACCUCAGUGUGUGAGCUGAAUGCGCUAGUGAUCGAGCUACGGGACUACCUACGUAUGUACCAAUUUAACUGUUUCAACCACAGACUCAAGUACAUGAUUAUAAAAACGUGACCAUCUAAAAUGUUGACUGGUAGCACUAACAGCAGGAGAUCACUAAAGACAGUAACUCCCUCUGAUUAAUACCAUUUACUAAAUACUUUAGAUAACUCAUGAAAAAAAGCCAUAUUCGACUGCCCAGGCUGACUUAUUUAAUUUAAGCUCACCUUUAUACUUGGCUGGAAUACACUGAUAAUCAUUCGUCUCUCAACCUGCGGGCUGAGAGGACGCUUUCUGAGCCUGCUCCUGCUUACACCUGGUGGCGAACCGUGUACUACAGUACGCAAGAUGGCGGAUCGUCAGGGUAGAAGAGUAAACACGGUCUGUGUUGAAUUCAUUCGUGGCUCUCUCAGUGGUGCAACGAUGCAUGUCUUGUUGCCUACCAUUAUUCGCGACGUCUACGGCAUCCCCACUGAGGAAUUAUAUGGUGUGGCUCUCAAUGGGAUGUCGAGGUUUUUUGUAAAAUUCGCAAAUGCCGGCUUUUACUCCAAGAUUGUGGAAGCUUUUCAAGAGAGGAAAAUGGAGGUGAAUUCAGCCGUAGAGGUAUGCCUGCAUGACGUCUCCACAUACGUCACCUGGGUCAAAGUAAGGAACGUGCCUUUCGAGGCGGAGUAUGUUAUUCGGAAAGUUUUUGGUAAAUACGGCAUGGUACAUGCAGCGACCAAGGGAGUGUGGAGGGAGGGCCCAUACGAGGGGCUCCCGGAAGGCUCCUGCACCCUCAAGAUGAUAUUAAAACAGCCGAUUCCAUCUUACGUUCAUCUAGAACACUACAGGACCCAAGUUUUUGUUCACUAUGCAGGCCAACGUAAGACAUGCAGGUUAUGCAACUCGUAUGACCAUAUGGCUGCUCAGUGCUCCAGACGCCUGGUUGUACGCAUCCGGGAACCUUCUCCUGUGGUCCUACGAACCGAGGCCUUUGAUCUGGAGACUGGUCCCUCGCCUGAACAAGGACCUAAGCUUUGGAGUGAGGAAGUACAACAAGAGGAGACACGGUCUAUGGCGUGUGCCACCCUGUCGGUGGACACUACAAACGUGCCCACACCACCUGUGGGGCCUACAGAGCCUGUGGAGUUGUCACAGGAAAGUUUGCUGGAGAACGUGCUAAACGAUCUCCUGGAUGGGGCAGAGCAUAGCCCAGACGUUCCACCGGAGUGUCAAGAAGUGGUGAAGGAUGAUUCGCAAAAUAUGGGAGACACGGUUGCAUGAGGUGGUUGUGGAAGUCCACCAGGAGGCUUCGUGUGGUGAGGAGAUGUGUGUGGAAGGUGGUUCCCGCAAACGGACGGCAGGAGUGUCGGAUAUGGACGAGGUCCUGACACCGGGACAGCGUCCAGGGAAGAAAUUAUGGUCGAAAGUGGCUGAGGCGCCUCUUGCAGACGGGGUUGUGGCAAGCGCCCAGCAUAUAGGUAGGGCACGGGGAAGUGAGGGGGGCCUUGGGAGGUCAAAGAUCAAAGGUCAGUGUAAUGUACGUGUGGGAACGGGAAAGACCCACAAACAUAGAGGAAAACCUCCUUUUGUGAAUUCAAGUGUGUUACCAUCAAUGUAAUUGGCCUGCGGGCAGAGUUUAAGUGUGUGUGGAUGGAGUGGUUCUUGCGCAGGUACGCUGUGGACGUAUGUUUCAUACAAGAACACAAUUAUAAGUUUGGGCGAGAGUUACGGUUAAAAGGCUACCGAAUGUAUGUUAGCAGUUCUUUAAAAUUAAAGGGUGGGGUAGCUACAGCGGUGAAGGAGUCCAGCCCUUGGUGUGUCUUGAGAUGGGAGGAGGGGGGAGGUGGGA